GCUUCAGGAGGGGGAGGAGCUUUAUGCAUUCUCCGCUUAGAUUUUAAAGCCUGGUGCCUCUAUCCAUUGAACACCAACUAAAAGAAGUUUAGCCAAGCAUCUGUUACAGAAAGAACAUGCAGAAAGAGGAGAAACAGUCGAACGGACCCCAAGAGAAAAGUAAAAGCAUCAUAAGAUGGAAAAUGUCCAAGGAAGACCCUCAAAGAAAGAGCAGGACAUCAUCACAGAUCCCCAUCCCAAGGAGAUGCAGCUUUAACCAGACGAAGAAGGAACCGAAAGGCCAAAAGUUACCAGACCGAGACGAGAAGCUCAUUAACUACCAGACCAUCGCAGAAAGACGGUUCUCCACUGAACGAGCUCGUGAAAUAAUCAAACACAUUGUUGAUGAAAGAUUGGAGUCUGUCGAGUACAGCUGCUCAUGCUCAGACAUCUCCAAAGAGCUGUCCGACUGUAUUAGGAUGGCUAUAAAGAAGCUGUUGUAUGAUCGAUAUAAGCUGGUCUGUUACGUGGCCAUCGGGCAGCUGAAGGAUUCGGUGGUGAACUGCUCCAGUAGAGCCAUCUGGAGUCCCACUUCAGACACAUUCACUGAAUACAUCUAUAAAAACAGAUCUUUGUUUGCCGUUUGCAUUUUGUUUGCAGUCUAUAAAGAGUAACGUAACUGGUCAACUGGAAUUAAAGUACAAUUUUAUGUAAGGUGACAUUAUGCACAUUAAAGUAGGUUGUUCAUUUAAAUACUCAAGAAUGUGUUAAACUUUUACAUAAAAAAACUAUAUAAUAAAACAUGUUUUUUACGUGAAAAUGCUAUUUCAUUCUUUCUCUACUUCAUAAUUUCAUGUUUAAAUCAAUGGUAUUUGAUAUUUCUUUGUAAUUAACUGUCAAAUUUACAAGCAACUUGAGUGAAAAUUGUUUUUACACCUUUUUUAAUUCAGUUUAUAACAUUAAAACAUUUGGACACACUUUA